CUAAAAUAACCUCCUAAUCCUCUUCAUUCUCUCCUCAACCUUGCUAGCUAUAUCUCUUUCUUUUCUUUUCUUCUUCUUUCCUCUAUGAGCUUGUGGGCGCCAUCUCCCUCCGCCCUCAUGGCCAAGCCCUCGGUCGCCCGACUCAAGCCUCACCUCCCCUUCCUCAUCGUCAUCCUCUGUGCCUUCGCCUUCCUCGUUCUCUUUCACACCGAGGGCAUCACUUUCUUCUCGUCCAUCUCUAUUUCCAAACUCAAGUCGUGCCCCCGAAAAUCCUCCCCCUCCAAAACAAGGGAGAAGUCGAUGACGGAGGAGCGGUGGAGAGACCCAUUGAUGGACGAUCGGUUCGAGUUCGACCCAGAGGAGUGCAGCGUAGUGAACGGGAAGUGGGUCUUUAACCAGUCGAUCAAACCAUUGUACACGGACCGGUCGUGCCCGUAUCUCGACCGACAAGUGUCGUGUGUGAAGAACGGGCGGGUGGAUUCGGAUUACCAACAAUGGGAGUGGCAACCAGAUGAUUGCACAUUGCCAAGAUUUAAUGCAGAGAUUGCACUGAAGAAGCUUAGGGGAAAAAGGUUAAUGUUCGUUGGGGAUUCAUUGCAACGUGGGCAGUGGCAAUCAUUUGUUUGUAUGGUUGAGUGGAUGAUUCCGGAAGACAAAAAAUCUAUGAAGAGAGGCCGAUUUCUCUCUGUUUUCACUGCUAAGGAAUACAAGGCUAGGAUUGAGUUCUAUUGGGCCCCAUUUCUGGUGCACUCAAAUUCGGACAAUCCGAUAAUUGGAGAUCCAAAGCAAAGAAUAUUGAGAGUGGACUCAGUUGCAAAUCAUUCAAAACAUUGGACUAAUGUUGAUAUUCUUGUCUUCAAUACCUAUGUCUGGUGGAUGAGUGGCGUUAAAAUUAAAUCCUUAUGGGGAUCGUUUGAGAAUGGAGAAGAAGGAUAUGAAGAAUUUGAUACACCAAUUGCUUAUACAAUGGGAUUGAAGACUUGGGCCAAUUGGGUUGAUUCAAAUGUCAAUCCAAAUAUGACACGUGUCUUCUUUACAACAAUGUCUCCAACUCACACCAGGAGUAUGGAUUGGGGAAGAGUGAAUGGGAGCAAAUGCUUCAACGAAACAAAGCCAAUAAAGAAGAAGAAAUUCUGGGGAAGUGGGUCCGACAAAGGAAUGAUGAGUGUGGUCUCUAAAAUAGUUCACAAAAUGAAAGUCCCCGUCACAUUCAUCAACAUUACGCAACUUUCCGACUACCGAAUCGACGCCCAUACCUCCGUCUUCACCGAAACCGGCGGCAAGCUGCUGACGGCGGAGCAAAAGGCGGAUCCUCUCCACCACGCCGACUGCAUUCACUGGUGCCUUCCCGGCGUCCCCGAUACUUGGAAUCAAAUACUUUUCGCACAUUUAUAGCUAAUAUAUAAUGUAAUAUAAACCCAAAACCAAAUUAAACAAAAGUUUGAGCCCCAUUUGGCAAAAAAAAAAAACAUUGUACCAAAUCUUGGGAGCAUCAAAUGUUCAAAGGUUUUAUUCAACAAAUUGUUUUCCUUUUUUUUCCCCUUUUGUUGGUUGGUGAAAUAAGGAAUUUGGAAUGUGGUUUGGUAAA